UACAUAUGUACGUACUGAACUUGUCAAGGCUACUUCUUUGGUUCAUUGUUUCAAUAGAAUCGUUAGGAUUGGACCACCACUGUGCUGUAAUUACGGAUAAUUACACCUCCCUUACACAGGUUGAAAGGAGUGUGAAGGCCAUUGUAAUGGUUUGUCUGAAUUCAAGAGUUACUGGAUGUUGCAUCAUUCACCUUUAAACUGGAACAGGACUUAACUCUAUCUUAGACUACAAAAUAUUAAAACCAUGAUUGAGACAAACAGAGAAGAAAGUCAGAGUAGACUAUCACAUACAGAGGACCCAAGUUACGAUACCAUGAACUCCAACGCACAGUCAGCAGCCUUGCCAUCUGAGGCCUUGCCAGCCAACCUUCCCAUGCCCGAAUCAACCUUCACUUGCGGGUGCUGUUACGAGACGAUGGUUCAGCCGACGACGUUGAACUGUGGACACAGCUUCUGUCGGCUCUGUCUGGCCAGGUGGUGGAAGACUCAGAAGAGAACGACAUGUCCAGAGUGCAGGUACCCUUGGACUGGGUUCCCGCAUGUCAAUAUCAUUCUCAGGAGUACGAUAGAAAAGCUAUACCCUGCCCAGGUCAAAGAAAGGACAACAUCCUUGGAGUCGCCAACUAGCGCGACCAUUUUGGAAGAAUUCGAGGAGUUUGGGCAGCAGCUGGAAAAAGACCAGACGAAAGGCAAGACAUCAACGAAGGCUCCACGGGGAUUUGUCUGGGGAGUUCUGACUACGUUGGGGGUGGUCUUUGUCAUCCAGUUACUACUAAACUGGGGCAGUGGUGAUAGCAACAUGCUGGUGUACAAACCUCUAGGGACAUGGAAGUCAGAAGAAGUGUCUCAGUGGUUGUAUGAACUAGGCAGCUGGGCUGGUAACCAGUACAGUCAAAAGUUCCUGGAACAUAGUAUCAAUGGUAAUUUAUUAAUGGGAUUGAAUGACGAAUCUCAACUCAAGGAAGAACCUUUUAAUAUUGAGAACCCCUUACACAGACGAGCAAUACUAGCAGCCUUAGAGCGGAUCAAGCAGAGAGGCGCCAAACCGCCAAGAGAUUUCUGGGAGUAUAAGUCAUUACAUCGCGGUCUGUCAACAUUCCUCUUGUACGCCGUCAAAGAGUUCCCACGCAUCACGAUCUACUCAAUGUAUAUGUUCUAUUACGAAGACGUCUUCCUGCCUUUUAUUCACAUCACUUGCCCUAGUGGGAGUCACAAAGUUGACGAAGACAAUGUGGAGGGACUACCGAUGGCCAUGAACUAUAGUGAAAACAUUGAGUGGGACCAAUGGGUGGAGUUCAUUCCAAAGUUUGUCUUCUUACCUUACUACCUUAUGGCUCAGCUUUCCUGGGUGUGGCUCGACGUCAACUUCAUGCCCAUGAUCUUCAUUCUUGCCAACUGUGUGUUCCUGACAAUGAACGAGGCUAAAGCAAUAAGGACGGUCUUCAGGCACGGAUUAAAAAUGUUAGUUCCAACAAUCAAGAAGCCAGUUAACACCAUGUUGUUCCUGUUGGUCUCCGUGGUCAUGUGGCCACUGAUCCCAUCCAUCGUCUGUGAUUUUGCAUUCUACGUCUCCCUCUACUAUUCACCGUGUGGAAACUUCUAUACAGUCUUCAUGCAAUGACCCUACAAGAGCAACAAGAACUCUUAAAAAAGGGCACACACGUUAUUCAAUAGACCUUAUUAAAUGCAUUUACGUCAUCCAGCCAACAUCUUACAGGUAAAACGUUGACGCAACAAUAAAUAUGCACAGAUUUAUGUGCGCGGCGCAUAGGUUUGACCAAACUGUAGUCUCUACUUGACCUCUAGGUGAGGGCGCCCUACUGUUAUACAUUAUGUGCAUAAAAAGGGUCUAUAACCAAGCACUCGCCCAGUAAACGGCAAAUACUCUAACGGUGAGUCUGUUCCACUCUAGCGAACAUACAUGUAGGUGCAAUCUUCUACAAAAUUUGGGCGAAGGUAACAGUUGCAACAGGCUGUUUCAAAAGGUGUAUGCACGUUUACCCAAGUUUGUUGGACUGAUUCAUUUCAUGAUUAUUCAGUAUAUUGGCCAGUCUCAUGAUGAUAAACUGAGCAUUGGUUUUGUUUUUUAAUAAUAAGAAACUCUACUUUAUCUCAAUUCAGGUUUUUCUCACAGGCAUGCGACUUUUUCAGGAUUUUUCCUGAUAUCAAGAUUUUCUCAAAAUCUCCCUGAUGAGCCCUCAAAUUUUCUCUUGAUAGAGAUGAAACAGACACCUAAGGGAUAAGGCAAUACAUGUAGUCCACAUUGUGUCCACACGGGUAUUUUUUGGUUUCUGGUGAUGCACUGAGUCUGUAAACCUCCUGAACUGAACUGUGCUGGUAAUCUGUGGAAUAUGUUCCAGAUCUAGAAUGUGAGUGAAAUAAAUCUCUGAGCCAUUUAAACUUUGAGGAUUUUUCACAUUUGGCAAAUCUCACGCCUGUGCUAAGAACCAACACCUAUCUCUAGAUCUCCCCCAAACAAAUUUAUCAAGUAAUAAACCUCAGGGGGGAAACUGACAGGGUAAAUGUAAAGAUGAUUUUGGGUCGAUCAAAGAAAGAUUGACAAGAGCAGGACUUGAACCUGAGACCUCAGGAUUAACAUGCCUGCGCUCUACCAACUUACAUGUAGUUAUCUACAUUGUGUAGCCUUAAUGUUGGUAGUCUCUCUAUUUUGUCAAUAUCUUUGUUCGGGUGCCAAUCGGAAGACAUCAACAUGAUAAACCUGUAACUGCCCUAUAGCCAGGAAUCACACCCAAAUAAUAUUUAAUUUACAUGUUUGAUGUAGUCAUUUCAUGUAUUUACUUAGAUUUACCCGUAAACCUACUUGGCUCUUCCACCAUGCAAAUCUUAGUACCUAACCAUGCUAAUCAAUCAAAUAUUUCGUCAUCUGCUCAAGAAAUUUCAUUUUACGUACAACUUAAAGACGACAAUUUGAUUUUCAACAUUUCCUUCUAGUUUCAGAUUACAGUGUAUAUUUGUUUGAUUUGUUUUGUUGUUUGGUUUCAUUUGUGUAAAUUCGUAACUUUCAUUUUAAUUUUAAAAAGUGAUAUAAACACAACUUAUUCUUUUUGCAAAACAUUUCUUGACAACUAGAAUAAUCAACUAAUAUGUUCUCUUGUAUAAAUACAAACAACAUGCAUUACUUUAAAAACUCAUCUUCAAAACAGUACUUAUUGUUGGGUAUUUUUGUGUGAUUUUAAUUUGUUUGAUUGGAAUGAAGAUAUGGUACUGUUGUAAGUGUCAAUAAUAUGGUAUGAUAGUGAUCAAUUUUUCUCCAUAUUUUAUUUGAAUAAUUUUAUUUAAUUUAAUGUUUCCUGGAGAUUGGCCUAUAAUAACCAUUUCUUAGUUCUGUUCAUGGCAUCAAUGAAACCUUUGCCUUUGCUCAGAUUCUAGCCAAGCUAUUUGACAAAAGGGUGGUAAUGAUUUUAAAGCCUAUUUUAAAAGAUUAUAUUACAGUAAUUUUCGGAACAAAAGCCGCGGCUUGUGAAUUAAUUUUCAUGCAUUCAGCCUGUUCCAUGGCUUAUAUUUGAGCCAGAUUAAAGGCAGUGGACACUUGGUUAUUACUCAAAAUAAUUAUUAGCGUAAAACCUUUCUUGGUGACGAGUA